AUGGAAAAUCACCUCCACAAAUUCUUCGUCUUCUUCUUCUCCAUUUACCUUCUCGGUUACUUCAUCAUCUUCCGCAAAUGGAACUCCAACAUCCGACCCGAAGCUUCCAGCUGCCUCAUCUCCCUCUUCCACGGCACCCCGGCAACGGUCCUCGCAGUCGCCGCCGUCCUCUCCGCUGAAAACCGCAGCCUUGCCGCCGCAAACACCAACUUCCAGAACCUCGUGCUUGACUACAGCGCCGCCUACUUCGCCGCCGACCUCGUACAUCUCGCCACGUUCUUCACCGGCGGCGGAGACCUCACGUUCGUCUUCCACCACCUCGCCACGCUCUUCGUCAUCCUCACGUGCCGCCACGUGGCGGUCCACGGGGCCGUGGCAGUGCUCACACUCUUGGCCCUCGCGGAGGUCACCAGCGCGCCGCAGAACGCGUGGGCACUGGCCCGGGCGCGUCGGAAGGACGCGCAGUUCGCGGCGAGUGUGGCUAGUGUUGUGUCGGUUCCGUUUUAUGGGUUUUAUUCUGUGGUAAGAGGUUUGUUGGGGCCUUAUGUUGUUUUCCGGAUGGCGGCGUUUUACUCAGGUGGAGGUGCUGAGGGUGUUAUUGCCACGUGGGUUUGGAUUUCCUGGGUGGUUGUAGUGUCGGUGGCCAUUGCUGCGAGCAUUGCGUGGGUUUCUAAUCUUUGGAUUGAAGUCUACGAAGAAAGAUCAAGGAAAGUUGAGGACAAGAUAAGAUGACUCAUUAAUGUGGGACUUAAUACAAAAUUAAUAGCUUGCAUGUUAGGUCAACUGUUUUUUAUGUAAAUGUUUUUCGCGUAAUAAAUAUUUGGGUGUGAACAACCUCUCAUAGAAGAAAAUGAAAAAAAAAAAAAAAAACUACCUUAGGUGGAGUUAUGGAUACUUGUUAAACACAAACUUCUAAUUUAUAUCUAUUUUGUUUUUUUUUAUAA